UGAAAGUAAUCUGCUUUUUGGCUACAUAUAUUAAAAAUUUGCAUAGUGAAGAAUGUUAGGCUACAAAUUUAAAAGAUCUGACAAAGACAAAGAAAUAAAGUGAAAAUAUAUAAUGCUAUUGGUAACGAUGCCCGAACAAUUUUAUGUAAGUAUGUACGUAUAUACAUACCUAUGUAGAAAAUAGCUCACUUAGUGCUAAGGUUAUUAACAUAUUUAUUUAUAAAAAUUAUUUUGGAGAAAUUUCGAUCGAAGUUAACACCGAUCUUAAAGAUAAAUUCCUAACUACUUAAAUUCGUUAAUCGGCAUACAUAAUUGUUCGAAAGUUAAUUUAUGUUAAAGAAAAAUAAUAUUCUGGCAAUCUUAUAGCCAUGGCUAUAGAACGUAGAGCAUAUGUAUAUGUAUUCGAUCGAUUUCGUGCAUGCGUAAUAAACAGGUGUAUAGAGUUUACAAUCAUAUAUUCUUUCGAUACGUGAAUCACAGUAUCUCUGGUGUUUCUAUUUCCUUAUAUUUUGCAUCUUCCCUAAUAGUGAGCAGUUUUUCUUCCAUCAUCGGGCAAUCACAAACAUUUUUGUUUAUUUAUUGAUUUUGAGGAAAAAUGUAAGAAGGAGGAGAGACGCGAACGAAAACUUGAGUGUCUUUCUGUCUUUGUAUCUGUUGUGUUUUUUUGUGCAAUUACAUAUUUCCAUAUAAAGAGUAACAGCUAACAAUUACAGUACAGAUACGAGGAGAACCGAGUGAUACACCGAGUACAAUAAUGUCGGAAAUAGACUACAUAAUAGCACCACGAAUACCACGAGGUUUGGCUCCUGCGGUUGAAGGACUUGCACGAGAAAUUUUGCGUCAAAGACCUCGAAACAUUUACUCAUUCGCGGCCCAACAUUUCGCAGAAUUGGUGGAAUUAAGGGAUAAAGAACGUACUGAUGAAAUCGUUCCGAGGAUACUGAAACAUAAAUUGGUUAACGAUCGUGAUGCUGAAAAUCGUAACGAUUAUUUUCGUAGGUGUAAAUACAGUAAUUUGAUUGAAGAAGCGAUGGUAAUAAGGGAAGUGAAGGAACCAACGACAUCGAGAAACGCAACGAAAAAAGCUGUGGCAUCGAAGAGAAAAGGAGAGAUGACAAAUAAAAGUGGUUGGUCUAUAAAUAGGACGGUUAAAGGAUUGAAGAAGCAUGAAAAUACAAUUGGAAAAGAAGGUUGGAAUAGAGGAUUAAACGCUAAAGAGACGGAGAAAUCAAUUCUUGGUUACUCGGAUCAUCGUUCACCACGAUUUUCGAGUCAAGUUACUUGUCAUCAAUUCGUUCGAUCUUCGUCCGCUGGAAAUAUAUUCGCAAAACGUAUUAAGCGUCGAGAAGUUAAAGAAAAUCACGAACAAUUCUAUACAUUUGUUUUAGAUGAUAAAAGUUACAAGAACGGGAAGAAAGUGACGCGACAAAGAAGUGCCGAUCAAAUCGAAAGAGAUCGCGCGUAUUUUAAGGACACUUGUACGAGCGAAGAUAUAGACAUAGACAUUGCUUCGACAGAGGCUAGAAUCUGUCGAAAUUUAAAAGAUCAAUGGAAAACUAUGAUCGAAGAUGAGCGAAAAGAGCAGGAAAAAUUGCAAGAGAAAUUUGGUAAUACGAAAGGAGGUGAUGCCAAAUUAAAUUCCCGAUUGAGAAAGAAGAGUGAGAGAGAAUCGAAAGACGACGAAGUGGAAGAGAUGUUUAUUAACGUGAGAUCGCGAUCCGAUUCAUUAGAGAGCAACAUAAUUUUUGAGGAUGCGAUGAAAAAGUUGACCAAUGAUGGAACGAUCUCGGUGGUCCUUCCAUCGGUCGUUACGCGACAACCUCCUGUAAAAUGUACAAGGAACAACGUGUAUGAAUGUAACGGGAAGGAUAGCACAGGUAAUUUGACAUUGCCACCGAUUUCGAGUGAUGGGUCCAAGUCGACGAAGAGAGGAAGCAAUUUAAUCGGAUUACCCUCUUUGUUAAAUGAGGUGGAUGUUCGGUUGAAGGAACAAACGACAUGCCAGGAUUACGAGGGUCCAACAAAUUCGAAUUGGAAUCCUAAGGAUCUGGAAUCGGAGAAAGAGCUUAAACCAGCAGGAACUAUCGAAGGUGCGACUUUCGAUUACGAUUCGAAAACAAUUGAAAAGGAACGCAAAGACGAGGAUUUAAAAGGCGGCAAUGUGAACGUAGAUAUGGCCCCAUGGAAAUAUCCUCGUGGAAGUAAGUCUGAAGGAAAUGGAAUUCUUGUUAUGACGGAGAAUACGAUGGAGGAAGGUAUCGAUAAACAGCAAAUUCUAGGAGAAGUAGAAAUUAUUCAGCAAUGUUUAUGUUCACCGCGGGAGGCGGAUAUCGAGGAAACUUUUAAAGACAGCUUAAACGUAACACCUGAUUCGAUCGAUCUUUCUCAUUGUCAGAGGGCAGAUUCAUUGGAACAUUUGGAGAACGGGAAAGAGGAAGAGGAGGAUCAGGACCAGGACGAGGAGAAAAAAGAAGAGGAGGAUCAGGACCAGGACGAGGAGAAAAAAGAAAAGGAGGAUCAGGACCAGGACGAGGAGAAAAAGGAAGAGGAGGAACGAUAUCGACCGAACGAGCUCGAAAGGAAAUUAAUCGAGAUAGAAACGGUCGAGAGAAGCAUCGAAAAUACGUUGGUCUGUUCUCAGGCUAUUCCAAAAGAUGUCGAUGUUGAAUUCGUAGUAUCGAAGAGUUCGAAUGAAUUUUCGAUUUUGAAAAAUUUCGAAUCGGAGAAACCAGACUGCGUAUACGAAAGGCAGGUAUUGAGCGUAGGAGAUGAGUGGACGAAGAAAAAUCCAGAUGAAAGUCAGAGUCCAACGAGCAACGAAGGUGACAGAGAUUGCGACGCUAAUAUCGAGAUUGACUCGAUGGAAGAUGAAAUGCCGAUUGGAAAAAGUUUAGAUUGCAAUCUUGACUCUGACAACUCGGAAAUUUUCCUUAAUAGAAACAAUAAUGGCGAUGAUCGAGAUACGCGUGACCAUUCUACGAAAGAAACAGAAAUCGAUCUUUCUUGUUACGUCCUUACCGAAGGUUCCCCUAGUGAAAUACCAGAAACAGUAACCACCGUAAUUAUACCCGAUAAUAUCGUUAGCAAUGACAAUGAUAACGAUGUUGAGCUCGAAGAUGGUACGAACGACGAGAUUUGCGUCCCUUUUAACGAGCAAAUCCCAUCUUGGAAUUUCGAAAGACAGCAGAUAAAGCACGGGAUUGGAGAAGAGUAUUGCCACGGCGAGAAUCCAUUUGGAGAAUAUAUACAUCCAGAAAGUGCUGUUGACUAUACAACGAACAUCGAUGCUCAUAUUUUACGUGGUAUAAAAAAUGCUGCCAAUCGAACGUCUGUUUAUCAAGAAGAUCUUGCAAAUAUCAAAGAGGAGGAAGAAAAUGAUAGGGGCAAAUUCUCUAACGUCGACGUCCAGCGUAGCAUCGACGAUCGUAUCAGCGCUUUUUCGAAAAAGUCGGCCGAAUCAAUGGAAAAUAAAAAUAGUAUCGAAUACGAAGCAAAAUUUGCAAGUUCCAGUCAAGAAGAGGAUCAAGAACGAAAUAAUAUGAACGAUAAGGACGAUGUACGAUUGAAAGAUCUCUCUAAAGAAACUCCAAGGAAAAGAAGAGAAGAGGAAAGCGAAACGUUCGAUGAUCGUUCGAGUGAUUUUUCUUUGUCGUUUGAACAAGUUGGAGCUGGACCAAAAGUACCUGAAUUAAAUCUGGAUUCGUUACAAGACAUAACAAUAUCGUCGACGAUUGAAAAGGGCAAUUCGAAAAAUCUUAACAAUCAGUCGGAAGAAGAAAAUGAUAAUGUUACUUCUUGCGAAGGUGAAAACAAUUCUUUAUCUUCCUUCGAUACUUUAGCUUCUGAAGAAAAAGUAGACAUCGGUGAAGCUUUGUCCUCGGAAAACGAUCGAGUAAAAGUUUUUAUCGAGCCGGCAGAUCAACAAACCAAAAUUGAAAGCGAGACUGAAAGGUAUUCAAAGGAAGAGUUUCAAGGUAAUGAAUAUACUAAUAACACGAGUUGCUCGCUUGUUCGUAACAAAGAUGAAAAACAGUCUCUUCGCGUGGAAGAAGAAAUUGCACGGGAAUUAAUACAGAAUUUCAUUAUCGAUAAUACCGACGUAGCUGAAAAAGAUGUCGAAACAAUUCCUUUCGAACUGGACGAUUUAAUGGCCUCGUCAUCUUCUAAAUACCAGACGAAUAACACGAAUCAAACCGAUGACUUUAUAAUUAAAUUUCAUCUACCUCUACAAGAAUUAACACCUGAAGCAAUAAUCGAAAAAUCUUCUUGUCGAGAAAAGGUCGACGAUGACAAUAAUCAAGCAGGCGAUGAGAAUGAAGAAGACGAAAGGAGAAGCGGAGGAAGUGGAGAAACAGCAAGAGAAGACGACGGAGGAAAAGAAGAUCAAGUAGAAAUGACAUCUUUGGAAAAUCAAGGAAACAGGGACAAACCAAUCGCCGGUUCGUGGCACACUGGAGAAUUUCACGAUUCCUUACCACUACCUUUCAUUGAAAUUUCAAAAAGUCUUUCCGCCAUGAACGUUUACGAUUUAAAACCUGUGAACCAGGAAAAGACGGAUGAUUGCUUUACUUCUCCAACUAAUCUGCACGCAGAAGAUCGAGGAUGUACAAGAAUUGAUCGCAACAUACCUUUUUUCGAUUAUAAGUUUUCUCCGACCACUACUCCUCGUGGUAUUGAUAUCUUCGAAAAUUUGAGUUUAUUUAUUAACGAAUUGAAUCGGAGUAAAUUAUCAUUAAACGCUUCGUCUCCUAUCAUUAUUCACAGCAAACGCGUGUUGGAGCAAGUUCACACAACGGACAAAGACAAGAGUGAUCCACUCAUCGGAACGAGUUCAAAUUCUGAUGCUGACGAUCUUCGUGAGCCAUUAGCGCUCGAUAAUACACCACAACCUAUCGUUAUAGAGGAAAUUUCAGAUAUCGACGAAAGAGAAGAGCAAACGUUAUCGCUCCACGAAGCAGAUACGAAUUUAGCGGGAGAAAUAAGUCCGUUUUCUUUCGAACAAUACAAUGACUCUAAUAACGUUGAAGAUAAAAAUAAAGGAACACAUGAUGCAUGUACUGAUUCUACCAACCAUCAAGAUAUCGAUUAGAUCAUAGAAAACGCGGAAGAAGAAAGAACAAAUAAGAAAUAAGAAUGAAUUACAUAUACAGAUAUACUGUAUCGGGAGAAAAUCAUAUUGUUAACUCGAUUUCGUGAAAAUGAACAGUUUCGAUAUAAAAUAAUUUAAAAAGCACGGUCGACAUUGGAAUCACAAUGUUAAUCCAGAAGUUUCAGUUUCUUAUUAUUAAUGCGAUCUUUAAUCGAAACUAAAACAAUCAAAAGUAGACAAUUUGAUAUAAAUCAUUUCUACAGGCCUUUUUUUGCGCACAUUAGUGUACCUAUUUGCUACAAUAGAGAGAGAGAGAAGAAGAAAUGUACACUACACGCUAUACUGCUAUACGUACGUCGUAUACUGUAUGCUGUUUAAGUCGGGAUUCAGGAGUCAAUUAAUGUAAAACAAGGCACAUGCGCAAAUACGAGUUCGCUAAAAGAGCGUGGGACUCUGCAGCAAUUCGCUACAUGCUUAUAGUCCUGAUUGGGAAUUUGCGUCUGAACGAUUUCGUUCUAUUUCAAAAGAGACGUUGCUGUAUGCUGCCACAUACUGUGCCUUAUACCAAAAAUCUGUUUGAUGAGAAUUUCGACUAAGUUAAUAGGCAUAUCGUACCACAAGAAACAUAUAUUAAAAUUGUGCACGUGGAUCUUCUAAAAAUAACUACCAAAGAAUAUAAUAGAACAGAGAGACAUGUAAAUCGAUCGGUGGAUUAAAAAGAAGAGGAUGUGUGAGAAGACUGCAACUGAAAUUUAAACGGAUUGAAAGUUUGUCAAAAUAAUACGAAAAACAUAUCGAUUACGUUCUUGCAUUUUCUUAACCUUUACACUCCUUCUAUCUUCGUGGUUCUUCGUAUUUCUUUUGUGAAAAACAAAAACAUCACUUUUACAGUUUUAUUUCAUCACAUAUUCCUGCUCGUUCUUAGAGGAAAUUCCUGUACAAGAAUUAUAAUAAUAAUAAUAAUAAUAAAUAAUACUUGAAAUUA